UAUGACAUAACUAACGAUGUAAUCUCUCCAUUAAACUGCGUUAGCAUAAAUUGACUCUAAUUGCAACGUGGCGCUUAAGUAAGAUUGAUGUGUCUAAAGUAAGCCACAUAAAUUACGUAAUUGUUCGAAACAUCUAAGAAAACGACAGCCCAAAAUCAGUUUUUUAAGUUGAAUAUGGGAAACUUGAAUAUAUACUUUUGGUUCUUUGCCCUAAUCGGCAUCGCUGGUCUCAUCUACUGGAGACUUUCAAUUUUUUUAGGGUGGAAAACGUACGUGUUAUUUGAAGCAGCCGUCGAUGUAUUUUUCGUGGAAACUUCGGGAAAUUUUUUAAACCUUCGUCAAGCGUGCUCCAUCGAAUCAGCCGCCAUUCAUCACAGUCAAUCAUCAAUUAAAGUGAUGAUUUUAAAGGAUGCCGACGAUGCUUACGGUUUAACGAAAAUGUAUCCAAAUAUUAAAGUAAAUCGAAUCGAUUUAAAUGAUACCUUCGAAGGAACCCCUUUGAAAACAUGGUUUAGAAGCAAACAAUGGGCUACGAGUAUAUUUAGAACAAACGACAUCAGUAAUGCGUUACGAAUAGUAUUAAUUUGGAAAUUCGGAGGAAUAUAUCUAGAUUUGGACGUGGUAGUCCUGAAACCUCUCUACAAUAUAAAUAAUUUCGCGAUAAUGCAAGAUAAAUCGAUCGUAAAUAAUGCAAUUUUUCGAUUCGAUCAAGGGCAUAACUUUCUGUACAAAUGUUUACAGAAUUUGGAGAAAAGUUACAGGAAGAAUGUUUGGGGCUGUAUAGGCCCAAAUCUUUUCACGAAAAUUGUAAAGGACUACUGUAAAAUUCGUUCUUUAAGCGAUCUAUCAGCUUUGAAUUGUGAUAUGGACGUUCUACCCGAAAAUGCUGGUUAUCCCAUUCCUUAUUAUAAGUGGAAAGAAUAUUUUCGUCCACCUACCCCUAAAAACAAACACAUAUUGAAAGAAAGUUACGCGAUUCACGUUUGGAAUGCCAAAAGUAAAAAUGAAAUGUUACGGAUUGGUUCCGGAAGCAUUUAUGAAAAUGCUAUGAAAGAAAAUUGUCCCUUUAUGUAUGAAAAAUUUAAAAAAUGAAAACUGAUGUA